AUGGCUUCUAAAUUAAACUUAAAUAAGGAUCCAUUGGUUGCUAAAGCUGUGACCUCUUUGGUAAACCAUUGUGAAAAUGAUCCAAAAUUGAAAAAUGAUAAAAAUAUUCAUAUUACUAUCACGAUGUCUAAAAAACCAGCAGUUUCUAAAGACCACACCCCUAGAAUAAUUCCCUUAUCAUGUUGCAAGCUAAAUAAACCAAAGGAAUUGAGAAUUUUACUAAUUACAAAGGAUCCAUCAACUUUUUAUAAAGAUAUAUUGACGAAAGAUGAAGCUACUUCUGAAUUAUUCAAAGAAAUAAUAGGUUUGAAAAAUCUAAAACGUCGUUUUAGAGGGUCUAAACUAAACCAACUUUAUAAAGAAUUUGACCUAAUUGUAGCAGAUUAUAGGGUACAUCACUUACUUCCUACUGUAUUAGGCAGUAGAUUCUACAAUGGGAAUAAAAAAUUACCAUUUGUAAUUAAAAUGUCAAGAAAAGAAUUAGUUAGGCAUCAAAAGACAGAAGAAGAAUGUGAUCCAAUAUACGUAAGAGCUCAGAUCAGAAGUAUCUGUAAAAACACUUCCUAUGUUUUAAGCGGCGAUGACACAAUUGCUGUAAAAAUUGGUGUACUACAUAAGCAUUCUAUAUCUGAAAUGGUUGAAAAUAUUCAAGAUAUUGUAGAUUUCCUCUCAGAUAAAACUAAAAAACCUCAAGGAGGUAUAAUCAAAGGUGGUAUUAAGAAAAUAUGGGUCAAAACGCCAAAUAGUGAUAGUUUGGCUAUUUAUGAUUCUACAAAUUAG